AUAUAAUCAACUUACCAUAAGAUGUAUGUAAACAUUGAUAGAAAUACGUGAAAGUAUUGAUUAUUAUUGUUAAUUGCAGAUGCUAGACUCAUCAAACAAAAAUUAGAACUUAAUAAAUGAAAGGCAGUUAAUUAUAAUUAUACAAAAGUUGCUAGUACUCUUAACCCAAUUUAGAUGAAGUGGGUUUAGUCAAUCUUUUAAAAGGAAAGUUCUCUGUCUUUAAUUUAAUGGAGUAUAAAAGUAAUAGUAAUUUGCAAGGCUUUUUGAAAUAUUAGAAAUGACAACACUAUUAAAUAUAGUAGAGUACUAUUGAAAUUAUAAUCCAAUAAUAAUAAAUCCUGUCUGAAUAGUAACAGAAUUAUGAGAUGAGGU